AUGGCACUGCAGUCAACGGUGGAAGGUGUCGGUGAAGAGAAAUGUGUUGGCUUUUGUGACGUUGGGACUGGCCUCUCGAAAAUCGCAUUCAACAUCUUUCUCUCGAGUCGAGUGCGUCCAUCUGCCAUUGUUCGUGGGAAUGACUGUCCGUAUCAUGCCUUUGAACUGUCUCGAGCUUACCGAUACACAGCACAUGAAGUUAACAACCAGGCCUUCCGUCAUUGA